GGAAUCACACCUGGCAUAAUAAGCAAAAUAUCUAAACUGAUUGAAUAUCCAAACUGGUUUUAGAUCAUAAAUUGAAAAAUAAUUAUUUCACAUUAUUCUAUAGUUUGUUUACAUUUCGCUGUUUUGAUGAAGUUUUAGUUUUUUUCUCAUCUAGUUUUUGUUUUCCAUCUAAAAUGACCAUUGAGACUGCAGGUGUGAACAAACGCACUUUGAACGAUCAGACAGACGCAGAAAAGGAUGCGGAAUAUGAAAAAUUUAAGAAAGAGUGGGAAAGUGAGGAAUUGGCCCAGGUCAAGGUCAAAGUGCUCCAAGGUCAUGAAAAGAGUGUGAACAGAUGCGCCUUCUUGGACCAGACAAAGAGCAACCUUCUCUCCUGCUCCAGCGACAAAACAUGUAAACUGUGGAAGUUGGAUACCAUAUCUUGUGCUAAGACAUACAACUGCCACGACAACAUAAUCAGCUAUAUGGAUGUACCACGUGAUCAGAUAGGUGAGAACGAGACAGCCCCGGCCAAGAACUUCCUCACGACAGCCUGGGACAAGCUGCUCUGUUAUUGGGACUUGGAAACAGGCCAGAAUGUCUGGAGAAACAGACUCAAGGCUAUCUCGAACUCAUGUGCCAUUUCUCCUGACUCCAAGUGUGCGGCGUCUAUGAGUGAUGUUGAAUACAUUCUCCAACUAUGGGAUGUCAAUUCGGGCAAAUGCAUCAAAAACAUCAAAGCAUUCCACAAGAGCUAUGCCACCCAUCUAUCCUUCGACAAGACUGGAACCCGAGUCAUGACUUCAAGUGUGGACGGGCAAAUCAAAAUUUUUGACGUCAGAUCUUUCGCCACAACUUUGAAACUCCUGGACGGACAUCAAGGAGUCGUAUCACAUGCUCAGUUUUCAGCCGACAAUCGCAAAGUCGUAUCGUGUGGUUGGGACAAACGAAUCUGUGUGUGGGAUAUUGCCACUGGUCUUUUCAGACAUGAAGGCGCCAAAGUUUACGAAAACGGUCACGAAGGUUCAAUCAGUUCAUGUCUUCUAGAUGGCAACAUGCUGGUAUCCUGUAGUUACGACCAGACAAUUUCAGUCUGGGAUUGCGUCAACGGAACUGUCAAACUGUCGCUUAAAGGUCACGAAGGCUGGAUCAACGAUGUUGUUUUAUCGGAUGACCGAAAAUGGCUGGCAUCUGCGUCUAAAGACUCGACAGUUCGACUUUGGAACAUUGAAGAUUCGGAUCGUUUGAAGUAUAUUGCAAAAACUACAUCUGUUGGUCUGCGGGUUCUGACCUGCGAAAACUGUAAAAAGCCUUUUUCGCUCAGUAUGCAAGAGCACGAUGAGAUUUCGGAGGAGUUUAAGAAGUUUUGCUUCUUUUGUCGUAUUCACUAUGAAUCAAAAUAACAAAAAAACUCUAAUCCUUUUUGUUUACGCUAAUUUUUGGUGCUAGAUUUUAGGGCCCUUUAU